UAACGAAGCACAGUUGUAACGACUGGGCUCAAACGCAGCAUUAGCAUUAGCUAGCCUGUGAACACAGCAGCUGUCACACUCGUGUGGGCACCAGGUGGACGCGCAGCUCACGACACGCACUUCCGUCUGAAGAGGUUUUCAGCCAUGGCACGUGGGCAUCAGAAAGUUCAGUCUCAGCAGAAAAAUGCCAAGAAACAGGCAGAGAUGAAGAAGGGCAAGGGUCAUGAUCAGAAGACGUCGGCCAUGGCGGCCCUCGUGUUCACCUGCGCUGUGUGCAAGUCCCAGAUGCCCGACCCGAAGACCUUCAAGCAGCACUUCGAGAGCAAGCACCCAAAAUCUCCUCUACCCCCUGAGUUAGAGGGAGUGCAGGCAUAACUGCUCACCCUGGAUACCGAACUGAAUUUUUCCACGGCCCUGCACCAACUCUGCAAUUAUCUCCGUCUUACAGCAAUGGAUGAUCCGAUGUAAACAACAUGAAGCACCUCUCCUCAUUUCUGCUUUAACAGGCUGGAUUGCCCCCCCCCCCCUUCAAGUCCUAAUUUUUGCUUGUGUUUGAACACAUCAGGGCCUAAACACAGAUGUUGGUUUUGAUUUCAGGUCGCUGACAAACUUUCUAAUCCAUGUGGUGAAUGAAACUGUCGCUUCAGUCCCAUAGUUUCUCAGAACAAACUCCUUAUUGCCCACGAUGCGCUGUGGACAUAGGAAUAUUUCUCAUCGCUAGCUCUAUUACCUCUUUAACUGAAGCUUUAAUAGAUCGAGUGUGUGAUUAAACCUUUAUAGCCAGCAUGCCACAUGAGGUAAACAGCGUGCUUACAAAGCACAUGUCUGAAAUGGAUGAGAAAUAAUAUAAUUCUAAUUUUCCGUUUGUCGCAAGUGUGACCUAAUCUUUUUUUAUUGCUAAUCGAGUGUUAAAAUGGAGGCAGUGAGAUUUUCUUUUCUGAUACCAGUCCGCCCACUCUGCUGUUGGCCUGUUGUACUGCAUUCUUUCAUCUACGUAAUCACAACUUUAUGUCGGGUCAUAAAAAUAUGAAAUUUUCAUUUCCAAGCUGCUUCAUGAAAUACGACUUAAUAAAGAUUCACUGGAGCUUGUCAACAUUUGUACACUUGGAAAAAUGAAUCAUCCUCCAAUGAUGUAUUAUAGCAUUUGAUUAAAUUUUACUUUGUUGUAUA